AUGGAAGGCCGUCAAUUCGUCUGCUACUGCUCGAAAUGGUUUGAUAGCGGACAAGUCGAUGGAAAAAUUGAAAGAACUCUGCCCGUAGCCGCGUUUUACUACCUAAGCAGUGUUCCAGAAGAAAAUGUAACAUCACGACGCUGGGAGUUCAUCCUUCACAAUGGAAUGGAAGAUGGAAAAGGUGGAACAACCUCUAACCUUGUAAUUAUCGGUUAUGGUACUACCGGAAGCUCCAUGAUGAACAUUGCCAAUGAUAAGACCAUGCGUGACGUACCAGAUACCACUCUUAUACAGGUUGACUUCGGAGCGAUUGGAGAUUUGCUGAAAGUUCGUUUCGAAGCCGAUGGAGCUGGUGAUAGACCAGACUACUAUUUGGAAUGGGUAGAGUUGAGGGAUUUGGACACAGAUGAGCGGAUAGCCGUUAGAGUUGGCAAAUGGUUGGAUAUUACCGGAAAACAUACGAAAAAACCACAAGCAUUCCGUGAGAUUAGCGUUUUCCUUCAAAACUAUGAGGGAAAAGUUGCUGGUGGCGACAUGCGGUUACUCAAGGACAAUUCGCUACAAGCACAGCUUAUCGGCGAAUUUAGCGACAGUGGAGUGUUCCCGUUAAUUUAUAACCCAAAAAAACAGGUAUGUAGAUUUAACACAGUAGGAUUGCAGAAUAAGCUUACCACGUCUUUAAAUCGAAAAGAAUUUGUUUUUAGAAUAAAGCACCAUGAAAAUAGAUCUUAAAG